GAAAGUGACAAUGGUGAUUCUCACAUGACGCUGAAAGAAUUAGAACAAAAAUGGAAUAAUUUGGCAUUAGGAUCUCUCAGUGAGAAUCAUUUACAUUCUCCAACACCAUCACAUAAUUAAACAGAUUCAAAAUGGAGUUUCCAGAUGUUGGAGAAAGAUGUUCAAUGAAGAAUUGUAAACAGUUAAAUUUUCUACCGCUUAAAUGUGAUUAUUGUCUCAACAUAUUUUGCACAGAACAUUUCCAUAUCGAUGCUCAUAAGUGCUUAAAUUUUCAUGACAAUAUUGUACAUAGUAAAGUGAAAAGAUCAAAUUAUGUGUGUUCCGAUAAAUGUUGCAAGGAAACUUCACCCAUUGAAAUGCUAUGCAUUAAAUGUAAAAAACACUUUUGUUUGCAACAUAGAUAUCAUGGCUGCUUAGAAUAUACUAAUGAGGAAAAAACAACAAAAUUAAAAAAAUGGCAAAUACCAAAGAAACAAUUUGCAGAAGCAAAAGCUAUAGUAGAUCAACAAAUUUCAGACAAUCUGAAGAAAUCCAAAAAUGUUGCAAUGGCAAAUAAAGUACGACUUAUGCGUGUAAAAGGUUCUGCUGUUGGUCCUAAAAAUAUACCAGUAAAUGAACGUUUCUAUUUGCAUGUGUAUCCGCCAACUUCAAUAUCUAAUAAACACAUAAAACCAUCAAAAGGUGUUUAUGUAAAUGUAAAUUGGGUAUAUGGAAAAGUUAUAGAUUCAAUUGCUGAUACGUUGAAAAUUUCUAAUAAUAAUAGCAUAGCAGGUGCAUGUAAAUUACAGUUAUUUCAUCAUACAAAUGGUGCAUUAAUUUGUAAUGAAAUGGACAUGCCUAUAACAAAAUUGUGUGAAAGUUCUAAACUUAUUGAUGGACAAAGUGUUAUUUUAGAAUAUUCUGAUAACAUCACUGUAGAUACAUCUUUAUAUAAAUAAAUGCUUUUAUAACAGGUAAUAUGAACUGCUUAUUUCUUAUUCUUAUUAAACGUUAUAAAUAUAUAAUAAUUUAUUGGUAAGCUAGAAUAACACACUCUUAGAAUAAUAUUUGUUUAUUACAAACUAGUUUCAUAUAUCAAUUUUACAUUUAUUCUUGAUAGAAAGAUCCGCAGAUGUAUUAUAUAUGCACUUAAUAAAGAAAUAAUUUAUACCAGAUUAUUGUCAGGUUUCUCUCAAAUAAAAUGAUAUUUCGACUUUGGCACUGGACGUUUUUUCAUCUUAUUUACUGGAGUUACACUAAUACAACAUAAUAAUUAACAGUAUUGUUUUGUAAAUCACUAUAUGCUUAUUAAUAUUUUUAUAAUACGAUCAUACAAAAUCGAAGUAAAUACAUAGUGAAAGAGAUUCCAACUGUUCCAAAGAUGUGCGUGCUUUUACUUAUACAGCUAUUUACUUUGAUACGUCAAAUAAUUGUUAUUUAUAGUUAAUAAAAGACACAUUCUGUUACAUAAAUAAAAA